GAAAGCUUUGACACAGGACUCACACGAGGAGCUCACAGGACCUGCAACAGGAUCACUCUGCCUGCUAGGUUGUGUGUGACUCGUAGGAAGGGUGGCAGGGAUGACAGCAUCCAGCGGGGCCAUUGCAAUAUUCCAGACACAUCUUCCAAGAAAUAAAAAUGAGGAAGUCAAGAAAACUGAAAAGAAAUGAAAAGAGAGGAGACACACCCCGGAGGAGGAGAUCAAAGCUGGCCCCAUAUAUAACAUCUUCAUGCAUGCAGUCUCUGCCUGUGUUCUGAUUAUUAUUUACUGCCCAAAGUUGAGGACAUGGGAGAUCCCAGAUUAUAGACUCCUGAGCUCUCAGACACAGGGACCAGCAGGACUCCAGGCACUUAUGUGACUCCUCCCUUGGUCUCCUCUACUCCACUCUCCAGGAUUUCAUUUUAUCCAACUCUACUCAUUGCUGCCCAACAAAACCAAGCAUCACAGCCUCCAGUCUUUGCACAGCUCUGACAGCCUCGGACUUGCUCCAACCAUGUCAAUGACAUAUGAGAACCUCCAGUCCUUGGAGAGUGAAAAGAAAAGCCAGAGGAUUAGAAAUGGGCUGCAUGCACCCCAGGUCUUCCUACAGCAUCUCUGCUCUGGACCACGCCUCUUCCUGCUCUUCCUGGGCCUCAGCCUCUUCCUGCUGGUCGGCAUCUGUGUGGUUGGAUCCAAAAGUUCCAAGAUUCAGAGGGACCUGGAGACUCUGAGAGCAACUUACAGCAACUUUACCUCAAACACUGAGGCAGAGAUCCAGGCACUGCAUGCCCAGGGUGGCCGCUUGCAAGAAACGAUAACAUCUCUGAAAGUGGUGGUAGAAAACCAGGGGCAGCAGCUGCAAGCAGCCCGCAGCUUGAAUGACAAGGUGUUGUCUCUGGAGAGCAAGCUGGAGAAAGAGCAGCAGGAACUCAAAGCAGGCUAUUCUGACAUGGUUGUGCGAGUCCAGGAGCUGGUCAGAGACCUGAACUCCCUAAGUUGCCAGAUGGCUGUGCUCAAGAGCAAUGGCUCCCAGAAGUCCUGCUGCCCCAUUAACUGGUUGGAGCAUGAAGGCAGCUGCUACUGGUUCUCCAGUACUGGGAAGCCCUGGCCUGAAGCUGAGAAUUACUGCCAUAUGGCAAACUCACACCUGGUGGUUAUCAACUCUAGACAGGAGCAGGAUUUUGUCCAGCAACAUAUAGGCUCCUCAUACACCUGGAUGGGCCUCAGUGAUCCUGAAGGAGUCUGGAAAUGGGUGGAUGGGACAGACUAUGAGACCAGCUUCAAGAACUGGAAGCCAGGCCAGCCAGACGACUGGCACGGGCAUGGGCUGGGUGGAGGUGAGGACUGUGCCCACUUCCACCCUGAUGGCAGGUGGAAUGACGACGCCUGCCAGAGGCCCUACCACUGGAUCUGUGAGGGCAGCCUGGGCAAGUUUACAUAGGAGUGUCUGAGAGCUGCUUCCUGUGGACCACUCAACCAUGGAAAUGGCAGGGAUGGGGGAGAGGGAUUCUUCCAAGACACCCCUAACAAGAGCCCUGGGAGAUCAGAGUGCUACCAUUAUGUUAAAGUUUUUUCUCCUCAACUUUCAAAAGACUGUAUAGAGUUACUAAGAUGUUUUUUAAAAAUUAAAUUUCAGCUCUA